AUCACGUUUUCCAGCUGUACAAAAAGCAGGGAGCAGCAGAACUUCGGUUCACUUCACAGUUGGUGUGCACAUCGGGAAAAGGGUUAUACUUGUUGCUGAAACUUUUUUGAACGAUAAAAUGAAGAAGAAGCUGAUCAUCGACGUGGACACAGGUGUGGAUGAUGCGCAAGCCAUCAUGAUGGCUCUCGCGGACCCCAACGUGGAGAUCCUGGGGAUCACUUGCACGCACGGCAACACACCUCUGGAGAACUCCUGCAAGAACACGCUGCGUGUCCUCAACGCCUGCAACAGGCUGGACAUCCCGGUGUACCGCGGAUGUUCAGAGCCUCUGCUGGGCCGUAAACGCCACGCCGGGGACUUCCACGGAAAGGAUGGGCUGGGGGACGUCCCAGAUCCAGACGCCCCGGGCCUCGAGCUGCUGCAGAAGAAAAGAGCUGCACAGGCAAUCAUCAAGAUUGUCAACCAAAACCCUGGAGAGGUGACUCUGGUUGCCACGGCGCCCCUCACUAACCUGGCCGUCGCAGUGCAACUGAACCCUUCAUUCCCCAAGAAGCUGAAGGCGCUCUACAUCAUGGGAGGAAACACUGAAUCGAGGGGAAACACCACAGUGUGUGGAGAGUUUAACUUCGUGGCUGACUCCGAGGCUGCCUACAUCGUGUUGGACCGCUACACCUGCCCCACCUACAUUGCCACCUGGGAGUUCAGCUGCAGGAACAGCCUGCCGUGGUCUUUCUGCGACACUUGGCUGGCUCAAGAUACAGACAAGGCUCGUUUCAUGGAGAAGAUUUACGCCCACACCAGGAAGAUGGUCCAGACUGAUCGGUAUCAGAAGGAGCUCGUGUCGGGACCCGGGUUCAACACCUGCGACACCUACGCUAUGGCUGCAGCCAUCGAUGACACUCUGGUGACGGAGAGUGACGAGGUCGCGGUGACUGUGGAGCUGGAGGGAAGCCACGCCCGAGGCAUGAUGGUGCUGGACUACAUGGACCUGCUGAAGAAGAAACACAAGGUCUUCAUCAUGAAGAAGAUUGACGUGGAGAAGUUCAAAAAACUGUUGAUGAACGCACUGAAAUAGUCACGAAACAGUUGGAAAACAUCGCAGGAGGAGAAAAACCUGUACAGUGCCCUUUGUUUGAGAAAGAUCCUGGUGUUUUAUUCCUCACAAUAUAAUUGGUAAACUAUUCAAAAUGAUUUGAUUUGUACCUGAUAUUUCCUUAAAACAUGUUUGUAUAUCUGUAUUCAUUGGAAGUGGAUUGACUGGGGACCUUUUACAUAUUUCAUUAGUAGACUAUUAUAGAAUCUACUGUAUAAUGGCUUUUUUCUAUAACAUUAGGGUACUUGGGAGCGGACAUAUAUUACAUUUUGUAUUUUCCAUUGACCUCUAUGGGAGAUAUGAGAUAUAUUCCCUCAUGUCAUGGAUGUUCGUCUGUUAUUGAUGGUGUAAUAGGCUCAGGUUGUUGCAUUCUGAAAAGAAAGAUGUUGAAUCAUAACUGAUAUAAACUAUGCACUUAUAACUACUAUGCAAUUUACUGGGUCUUUCUUAACUCAAAUAAGUUGAUAGUCUCUUUUCCAAAGGAGCUCACAUAAUUCUAAUAACAUCUAGAAAGAUUUUGUCCAAUAAAUGUUAUUUAAAAAAAAAAGCUUUUUUAAAAGCAUUAUAAUGGGAAUUAUGUGCAACAAUUACAAACUUCAACAGCACUACUCAGACUUUUUACUACAUAAGUGUUUGCCUAGUCCCCAGAAGCAUCAACAACUUGUAAGGUAGGGCGCCCCCUGGUGGAAGCUUUACAAAUCUCAAAUAGGACAAGCAAUAGGAAGGCAUUCAUUCCUCCACAAAGUAAAGCUGAAGCAACACAAGUUAGUAAAACUGUUUAUUGAAAGUGCUUUGGAACGUACACUUCAUUCAGAAAAAGGAAGAAAAAAAAAGUGUCCAUCCCAUGUUCCUCUACUUUCCUAUUUUCUCUUCAAUAAGCAGGUUUUAUUUUUUUUAAA